AUGCAGUUCGAACACCUCCUCAGAUAUGUCGAACGGUGGGACCCGACCAUCGCAGGUUUUAUAGACAUCGUGCGCCUCUGGUGCUUCAAGAGGCCUAUCAGGCGCAGCAGUGAUAAACCGAGAACAACUCCUGGGUGUAUCCGCGUCCAGCUUUACGCGACCAUUCCAGCUGUGGCCUAUGGCCCAUGCCUGGACCAGGUCGAUUUCCCGCUUGAGCCCAACGGGGACUUUGAUCUCCACCAAGUGAAGGUAUGGUGGGAUCUCCCGAAAUGUCGAGCUAUGGAUCGCAGUCGCUGCGCCCCGUUUUACUCAAUGGAUCCAGAGAAGCUAUCGGCUCUCGCCGUUAGCACGCUCGCCGAAGGAAAGCGGCGGCUGGCUGUCGUGGGGUGGACCGAUCAGGAGCCAUGGGAGCCAAUCACGCUGCCCCCGCAAGACACCCUAACCCGUGAGCUGGGGUGGAUCUGCCGUGCGUACGGUGACAACCCCGGGUGGUAUCUCAAGCCCUUUGUCUUUGUCGCCUUGAUCGCCUUGAUGCUUUGGGAAUGGCCUUCGACGUGUGCGUAUGCUGGAACGUUUAAGGCGCUUACAAAAAUGCUGCUUGUUUAUGUUUUCUCGUUCUUCACCUAG